AUGCUUUCUGGAGUAAGACAACAAUCAAAAUUAUUUACAAAAUCAAUAUCACAAGUUUCAAAAAGAUACAAUUCGUCACAUAACCAUCAUCACCAUGAGCCAGAAUCAAAGCCAUUGGAAAUAACUUUUGCUAAAAUAUUUGGUGUUGCUGCCAUAGCAGGAGGCCUUUUAGUUUACAAGAAUAAAGAUAAAACCGACAAACCAUUGUUCUCCUCAAAGUUUUUUGACGAAAUCACCACUGGGGAACGUAGCCACUUAAGAGAUGAACAAUAUGAGAGAAAAUACAAGAUUGGAUACCUUAGAACCUUUGACAGAGAUAACGGUGGUAUAGGACAACAAUUGAACAAAGUAUCUGCUUACGAAUUGCCAAACAACAACUUAAUCCCUGCCCAUUCUCCAUUUGGAAAUCAAUUUGGAGUUGGUAUCAAGACUAAUGAAUUGGGACCUAGAAGAGAAAGAGCACAACGUUUCGCUCCCCUUCAACAACCAGCUGAAAAUUAG